AUGGAUUUAAAUUUCUAUUCAAACUUUCCAAGUCGUGAGGAAGUUGAACGAAUUCCAUUUCAGCAAUGCAGGCUAUUAAAUAAUUCUGAAGUCAUUUGUUGGGUUCUAACUCAUUUCCAAAACAACAUUCGAUAUUAUCAAUGGUAUUGUGGUGCUAGUCCUCAAUUUCCGCUCAUAAUUAAUGAAAACAUGCCUUUCUUCAUAUCUGAAAAGCUUGAUGACCCUGUUAACGUUGUAAUAGUUCUAAAAAUUGAACAUCUGUCGUAUCAAUAUCGUGAUUUAGGAUUUGUACUUUUUCAUUUAAAGGUUUCUAAUGUUGAUAAUAUUAGUUCUAUGCUCAAGAUAUUUUCGACAAAUGAAAUUCCGAAUUGCACUCAAACUUAUGAUUUCAAACUUAUCACACACCAUGCUUGUUGUAGUUUUCAAACGUUUAAUAUAUUAUUUACUUUACCAAACAAAGAUGUGUACUCAGUUUUCGCUUAUGGAACGUCUUGGAAUGACGUUCAUCCAGGUGAUAAAAUGUUUUAUAGUUUCAAGCCUAUCAACGCAAAAACAGAUUACUAUGACACUGUAUCGCUCUUAUCUUACGGAGAAGAUAACUCAGAAAUCAUUCGAAAUUAUGAAGCUCAAUCAGUUUUUCAUAAUCCACCAUUCUGGUAA